GCAUCGGUUGCCCUCGAGUUUACAGCAGCAGCAGCAGUGGCACGGCAGACGGACGGCAGCGAGACGCCCUUCUUGUUUCGGCCUGCGUCUUUCGGCCGUGGGAGUGGCCGGCGCCAGCUGUGACCUCGUGACCCCGACCCUGGGCUCAGGGCAUCUAUCUUUAGGGGCUGCAGGGACGAGAGAGACGGCGUGAGUCAAGAGGAGCCGAAAGAUGGCCGGCGUGUCGCCCUCCGAGGACCCUGAGCGGCUGCUCGACGAGUGGCUCGGACAGCUGGACAACCUCGCCGAGGGUCUGGACAACGUGCCUACAACCGUAGUGCCCCGGAGGCGGACGGCCACCCCUGAGAUCUCCGCCCCCAGGAUAGACAGCUUUCGUUUCUCGAUGGCCAACCUCGAAGACUCGCAAGACUUGGACUUAGACGCCAUUCUAGGCGAGCUUAGCGCUCUCGAGACCGAGUGCCAAGCGGCCAUCAACAGACAGUCGGUAGAUCUCUCAACUGUGAAGAAAAAAGUUUUAACUCCAGCUCCAGAAAUGACAAAAACUGAUUUGGGACACCGCCGCACUCCGUCAUUUUCAAGUAGCGAGGGGUGCAACCAGCAAAGAGUUUCUUUCUUAAGUGAAACAGAAAGCGAAAUUAGAUCUAGUAGUAAUGGCACACGUACCGAUAGUCCAGACAAUGAUUCUGCUUUCUCGGACAAUGUCUCGAUGCUCUCUGGAGAAAGCACAGCGUCCAGCGGAGGAAGCGGUGGCAGAACUGACGCCUCAUCCAAGUCCAGCGGGCUUGGUUUUGGCUUCUCUCAGAUGGACGAAGCGAGCAGAGAAAAGGCUGAAAAGAUUCGUAUUGCCUUGGAGAAGAUGCGCGAGGCAAAUGUGAAAAAGCUGUUUGUGAAAGCGUUUUCCGCCGACGAGUCGACCAAGUCCCUCUUGGUGGAUGAGAAAAUGACAUGUGGACAUGUGACCAGGCUUUUGGCUGACAAAAAUCACGUGACCAUGGGGCCGAAAUGGGCCAUCGUCGAGCAUCUGCCUGAAUUGCAUAUGGAGAGGAUCUACGAAGACCAUGAGCUUUUGGUGGACAAUCUUAUGCUGUGGGCUCGUGACUCAAAGAACAAGCUGCUAUUCUUGAAUCGGCCAGACAAGUACUCCUUCUUCACACGUCCCGAGCCACUGCUGGUACCCAACAAUCCAGAGCCCCUGGAUGAAAAGUCACGCGACGACCUGCUUGACGAAUUUUUCAACGGCUCCUGCGUCGCUCCCAUGGAAGGUCCACUCUACCUGAAAGAAAAACGCGGCUGGCGCAAGCUGCACUUUGUCCUUCGCGCUUCUGGUCUCUAUUUUGUCAAGGGCAGACGUGACCUCGUCUGUCUGGCGCCCCUCGACUCCAACGAGGCCUACAGAGGACUUGGCUGGCGGAAACGACUCAAAGCCCCGACCGACUACUGUUUUGCCCUGAAACACCCUCGUCUACAGAAGGGACUAAAAUACGUCCAUCUGCUUUGUGCAGAGUCCCAAGAGUCCCUCGACAGGUGGAUGAUGGCUAUCAGACUGGCCAAGCACGGCCGCGUCCUGAUGGACAACUUUGCUGCCUCCCAAGCAGAUCCGGAACCAAACUUUGAAAUCCCAAGGAUUCCUGUAGAGGCGCAGAUGACUUUCCAAAGGCGAUCAGGUUCUUUAAGUUCCCAAACCAGCUCCCCUCUAGGCUCUCAACCAAACUCGCCUAGGAAGCAGGUCAGGCAUUCAGGUUCUCAGGAUGAACCUUUCGAAGCUGACCCGCCUCCGAUAAACACAAUCAAGCGAAAACCACCCUCUCUCAAACCCCAGCUGCCUCUGACCCCCACCACAAGACAGCUGGCCGAAGUGGCCUCUCCUCCACCUUUGGUCUCUUUGCCUCCGGAACCGCUGCCUCCCCCGCCUCCGGUGGAGGAAGAGUCUGAGGAGGACGAUUUUCCGCCUCCGCCGCCUCCGUUGGCGCCUUCUGAGCUGGCAGCAAGCGUUCUCUCUUUGGAUGUGCCGCCUCCACCACCCCCACCAAAGCCAAACUCUAGUCGUCGAAUCACGUUUGCACCUCCGCCGCCGCCCAAGAGGAGCGUCAGCACCAGACUUUCGAGUGCUCCCGUCAGUGCAGAGUCCGCCGCCUUCCUGUCCGACCUGCAAAGGGUGGUUCGAAGAAAUUGGCAGGUGGCCGAGAAGUGUAAGAGGGAUGGGAACACAACCCCACACGAGGUCCUCGGUUUUAGAGACCCGCCCGACUAUAGGGAGACCAACGUGACCAACUGGCUGGCCGAGCACUACGGCACCCUGUAUGAAAACGUGCCCGCCAGACAGAGCGGAAAGCGGCCACCGCCUCCACCCGUGCGCAGCGAGACUACGCAGCUCAGCCAGCGCAAGCCGGACUUCUAGUUUCAAGAAUUUAUUGAUAUAGAAAUAUUUGAGAUGAAUUUUCUUCUUUGUAUUGAUUCAUGUGCAUUUUUGAUUCGGGGUUUUGUACGACCACGGGAAUUUUUACAUUUUUUGUAACUCUUUUGACGCCGCUUGAUGUCGUGCCUUUCGAGUCAUUGAUUGAUACAGAAAAAUCCACUUGGUUGGACGUACGAGUCUGAUGUGCAUUGAUAAGUUUUUUGGUCUCGACUAAAUUUUGAUUGCCUUGUAAACUUUUUAUAUGAGAAGCGAUUUUGAAACGCCCGCGGUCCCAAAUCCCAGCAUUUCUCGAUGGGUAAAGUGCCAUUAAUUUUUUUAUUGUGAAAAAAAACUGAAAAAAAUCAUACUGGUUUUUUCAAACUUGACGUAUGCACGCCUUGAUUUUUGACUAAAAGACUUUUUACCAUGUUAACCGUUGUUGAUUACUCCCAAGUUUUACGGCCAUAUUCGUGACUACUCUCACAAUCUACUUGUCUCUCAAGUCUUCCUGUGUUUUUUAUGUAAUUUAUUUAAUUGAAAUAUACGCGCGCACUGCGAUGCAUUUAGACACGGCAUUUUGAUGCCUCUGAAAACUCAUUAUCGAUUAAAAGAUUAAAAAUAUGGCUGACUAAACCAAAUUGUAUCUUGGGUGCUUCAAAUAAUUAAUGAAAUGACUAAAAUAAAAAUAAAAACUAAAACAAUGAUAGAUAUUA